UCUUCAAAAAUAUCGACAGAGUAAUAAUUUGAAGAGUCUAGUUUUGUUGUAAAAAGGAUAUAAUUUUUGUCGCGUUGUUUUUGUCUCUCAGAUAGAGAGACUGAAACCAACAGAACCACCUUCAAAAACGGUGCGUUUUGCUCUCAUCGUUCGGAUUCAGAAUCUAACCCUAACACCGUCGACGACGCUCCGAUUCCAUCGGUUCCGGCGUUCCACUCUGUUCCCUCGGCAAGACCAGAUCUAUCUACGAGAAGAAGCCAAGAUCUGGAUUGGAUAAGCCAUGCCGUCUCAAGCCGAUCUAGACCGUCAAAUCGAACACCUUAUGGAGUGCAAACCUUUGACAGAAUCGGAAGUUAAGGCUCUUUGCGAUCAAGCGAGGGCGAUUCUGGUGGAAGAGUGGAACGUGCAGCCCGUGAAGUGUCCUGUCACGGUUUGCGGUGAUAUUCAUGGCCAGUUUUAUGAUCUCAUCGAGUUAUUUCGGAUAGGAGGGAAUGCUCCUCAUACUAAUUACCUCUUUAUGGGUGAUUAUGUAGAUCGUGGGUACUAUUCUGUGGAGACUGUUACACUUCUCGUGGCCUUGAAAGUUCGUUACAGAGAUAGAAUUACAAUACUCAGAGGAAACCAUGAAAGCCGUCAAAUUACUCAAGUGUAUGGCUUCUAUGAUGAAUGCUUGAGAAAAUACGGAAAUGCCAAUGUCUGGAAAUUUUUUACUGACUUGUUUGAUUACUUACCUCUGACUGCCCUCAUUGAGAGUCAGGUUUUCUGCUUGCAUGGAGGUCUCUCUCCUUCUUUGGAUACACUGGACAAUAUCAGAGCAUUGGAUCGUAUACAAGAGGUUCCACAUGAAGGACCAAUGUGUGAUCUCUUAUGGUCUGAUCCCGAUGAUCGUUGUGGGUGGGGAAUAUCUCCCCGUGGUGCUGGAUACACAUUUGGCCAGGAUAUAGCUUCACAGUUCAAUCAUACCAAUGGUCUCUCGCUGAUAUCUAGAGCUCACCAGCUUGUUAUGGAAGGAUACAAUUGGGCUCAGGAGAAGAAUGUUGUCACUGUAUUUAGUGCUCCAAAUUACUGUUACCGGUGUGGGAAUAUGGCUGCCAUACUGGAAAUCGGAGAGAACAUGGAUCAGAAUUUUCUUCAGUUUGAUCCAGCCCCUAGGCAAAUUGAGCCUGACACAUCACGCAAAACUCCAGAUUAUUUUUUGUAAUGACUUCAUAUAUCUGCUUGUUUGUAGUUACUGCUUUUUGCAAUUAUUGUAGAUGUCUUUUUAAGGAAAGAGGAAUUUCACUGUUUAAUUGAAGACUGAUCGUCAACAUGAUUCUUUAAGUUGGAGUUGUUCUCCUGCCGCUGCUCAUGCCUUAUCUGCGAGAAAUCAAUAGAACUGAUCUCAGCCACCAAUUGGUGUUUGUAUAUUUUUAGUGGGGAAGCGGCAAUAACAUGGUUGGUAUAUUUCGUUAUGUAAUUUUUUAUUUAUAAUUAAACCUCCAUUUAGAAAACAGAUUUUUGAUUCGGGACAAUGAUGUUCAUUUGAGACUUUUGAAGGUGCCAAAUGAAAGGUACUGGUGUUCAAUUUUA